AUGAUGACGUGUGAGGGUCGGAAUCUCACCGCUUUUCAAAUUGUGUGCCUUCUUUUCUUCACAGGGAUAAUUUUAGGUCAAAUGCCACCGUUUUGGUGGAAUUGGCCAGUUGAAGUAAUUAUAUAGAUGGUACAUGUGAUGUCAUUUCCGCGGUCGGUCGAGAAACCUGCGCAGAGAAUCUAAAAAAUGACGUAAAGUUGUCUGUUCAUUAAACGCUUCUUCGUGCGAGAAAUUUUCAUCAGAUUUACCCUAUCCCAAGUAUGUAGUCGACGGAAAUCUUCUCCUGUGAGUAAAUGGGCGUCUGGAGUUGUAGCACUUCGUUCUGUACGGGAAUGAAAAUGAAAUCCUCACGUCGAACUGGAAGUUUCUUGUACUGUAAUACAUUUUGAUGAGUUUUUGUUCUGUCAUUUAUACGCUCACUCUCGGCAAUAGGAGGCGAAACUCCGGUGUCCAGUACUAUUUAACAUUUUGUUUUUUGAAACUUCUGUUGAAUCAGCGCUUGGUGAGAUUGCUUCUGCUGAUUCUGUGGAUUAGAGCAGUAGAGGUAUUCAAUUGAGGAUUAAUUUUAUUGGUCAGAAUGGACUUUGUUCUGCUAAGUGUUCAAGUGCUACGUGGAAAGGAUGCUAGAUUUAAUCCUCGGCAUUUUUCCUUUUCGUUAGGAUGAAAUAUGUGUUCAGGCACAGUCGAGGCCAAGUGUGAUAUGUGUUGAUCGCGUUAGACUGACUCCUACUUCCUUCGCAAGUGGAAUGCUGAUGAAUCUGCUGUUGAGACCAAGAUCUGUCUUAUAUCCGAGAUCAUUCGGUGGAAUGUUCUGAUGGAAAAUUGAGUGCGUUGACGGCGGACGAAAAUGUCAAGUUGAGUAUUGCAUGCGCUAAUGGAUAAAUGUGGAGCACAUGGAAAAUACUGACUACAGAUGGGCUCGUCAUUCGCCGAGUGCUGCGCUCAGCUUGGCUCCCUUGCACAAUUGAAUCUGGAUCUCCAUCUUCAGUUGUCGGAACUUUUGGAAACAUCUUACGACGUAAUAGCCGAUGACGUUUGUAAUGCUUCCAAAGCAGAAACGUUCCUUUGGCCAGAUAUAUUUUCCAAGUGGAAUAACGUGAACACACUGUUCAAGGAUUUGCUGGAGGCUUGUAAGAGCUCGCAGAUUAUGCUGUCGAGUACGUUCUCUGUCCCGCAUUCUCAUGUUAAGCUCUUCAAGCUUGGAAGCCUAUGGAGAUCUGCUGUCACUGGUUUCAACGCAUCUAUGUUCUUGUUGGAAUCUUUCCUAGUAUCAAUUUUUAAGCAUGCGAGCUUGCAGUGGGCGAAGGACUUCUCAAAUUUACCGCUUUUUGAGCAUCUUCUGGCGUCGAUCACAUUGUACAAUGAAGCGAGCACAUUCGUACAAACAUCUCCGUCGAAGUUUCAUUUUCAGCCGAUAAUUUCGUCAGGGAGAAGUGACAGUAUGUCCUGCUCAGUUUCGAAGUGGGACAGUCGGGAGAGCAGAUUGCGAAAUUUGCAAAUCAACGGAGUUUGCGGCCGGCCCUCCCAAAUCCCCAUGAAUCUUGUCCGCCUCCUCAACAUAAUUGCUGCCAAACGAGCUCAGGGCGCUGUUCUUGCAAUGACCUGGUCCUUGUCGCCCUUUAUGCAAUGCGAAACAACCACUGACCUCGAUUCAUUUGGCCUUCUAGUCAAAGAAUGCGACGGUAUGGUGACAGACACGGCGCUUUUAGAUCAAACGAACGAAGUGGUGCAGUUUCAACCUUUGAAAGAAUUCAUGGAAGAAGAACGUGCGUCGCUCGGAACUUUUAUUGAAGACGUUGCUCGGGUUGAUGGUGGUUUCGUGCUGCAGAAAGGUAGCAACGGAAGAUCAAAGGUUGGUCGAUUCAAAUUGUUUUCGAUGUGGCUACAUCAUGCGCAAACAAUGUGGAAGCUGGUGAGCGCAUCCGUCGGGGAUAUUCUCUUAUUCGACACCCGUUGGGCCACUUAUCAUCUUCCAUUGGUUACCAAGCCUCAGAACUUCGCCGAACACCUUCAGAAAGUAUUGCUGGAAGUUCACGCUCGUGUUCAGUCCUUUAUCUUGGACGAGGUAGAUGAUGAUCUGAAUCGUGCGGCUGAUAAUGCACGGCAGAAAUCGUUGCUUGCGGCCCUCUAUGAUCUCACUGAGACCGUCUAUACCUUUUCCGUAUCGAAGAAACUCGACGAGCUGUAUUUGGAUGCCCAGCUUUUGCUUCAUCAGAACGCGACGGAAAUGGAUGCAUCUGGGAUACAUCACGUGAUAGCGGGAGAGAAAGGGAUACAUUUCUUCAAUCCAUUCGUUUUUGCGAAAAAAAUUGAAGAAGAAACCAUGCCACAAACGUACACGCUACUUCAGACCUUAACAGCCGUGGGAGAAGUUUAUUCUUGGGCGGUAGAGAUCCACCUUUGGGAUUCGUUGACGUCGUGGAGCAUCGUCAAGUACCUGGAUAUAUCGCAGCAUAGCUUGCCAAUGAUUAGUGACAAGCUGAUGCAUUUGAAUCCUUUGGAGAAGUUGGACGAUAAAACUUUACCCGCGGAUUGCGUGAGUGGGAAAAUUUGGGCUUUUUGGUUGCGAACCACUGAGCUCCGUUUCAAGGCUGUGAUAGAAGAGUUACGGGAUACAAAGGAGUUUUCUUUCGCCAUGUUCGUUAAGUCAUGUGGCAGGAUUUGUUUCUCUGCUACGGAGGAGCUCAUGCCAAAAGGAAAUGCUUGGAAGAAACAGCACAGGGCACCGCGUGGUGCUUCGACUUACGUUCCACCCCUCGUUGUCGCCGUGUUGCAGCCUGUUAUUGAUGCCUUACGAAAUUUGUCGGAUGCUUCGCAAUCUUUGAUAGGGCAAGAAAUAGUGAAGGCUUUGUGUCACUCGAUGUUGGAGGUCAUACUGAAGAAUGAGCUCAAGUUCAACUUCUUCGGAGCAAUGCAGUUGCAACAGGACUUCGUUUGCAUCAGGACAUGGAUCCACAGUUACCGGGUUCUGAGCGAAGUGGCAAAAGAAGAAAUCACUGCCAACGAUGUGUUCCUGGAGUGCGAAGGCGUCACGAGGCUUUUGAUGCGUCAAAGGGACUGGUUCUCGGCUGUUGGAAGGAACCAAGUCGGGCCCGCGCGAAGGGGUUCAACUGCGUGUGCGGGUAACAUCCCACCUGAAAUGUAUGUCAUCCAUCAGCACUUAUGGCUCGGGCUCAGGUUGUUGAUCACGUUUUGUCAAGUUUACGCGCACACACUCAGACGAAGACGUGAAAAGAUGAACGUGACACAAGUUAAGCACCUUAAAGAAGUCGCUCAAGCGUACGAGUACGUUGUUGACGAUGUGCUGAGCAAGUGUACUCCUAUGCUGGUGGACGAGAAUAUAGACCCAAACUUAAUGAAAGAUUUGAAGCAGAUUUGGGUGCGUAAGAUUCGCGAAUCAGGUGCCGUUCCGUAUUACGGACUCACGCCGGAAAAGGUGGCGAUUCAGAUCAAAAUAGCUCGUGAAGACGGCACUGCAAGACCGACCAUUCCGAUCUUGGUUCCUGUUUACGCCAAGGAGAAAUCUCCGCAACAGCUCAGGGACGAGAUUGCGGCUUUGGGGGAUGUCAUCAGGCGGGACAAUAUCCCGGAUAACCGAGCGAAGGUGCUGAUUGAAGACCGAAUUGACGAAGUAUUCCCCCAACUUGACGGCCACUACGACUCCAGUUCAGACUCAGACUCUGAUCCGGACGCACCUGCAGCCAAGCGCAACAAACUCAGCCCGGCUUUUUUACCGGUUCGGAGGAGAAGGAGUAGCAGACUGCUGUUGCUGUCGCUCCGGUUACUGCUUCUGGUUCUUCAUCUAGGACCACUCGGGUACAGAGGUGAGUUGAGCCUUCUGCUGGACAGGCAACACCUCGAUACGAUGUUCGAGGCAGACACUGUGUGCGUUUGUCAGUACACGAGUGUAGAGGAGAAGAAGAAGACGCACGAUUGGCAUUUGCGGUUCUGCGCCCCCUAA